AUGGGUGGUUUCUAUAUGCAGUAUCUCGAAAUCCAGCUGGUUCGCAUCUCUGCGAGGGACAACAUGUCUGCCUACUCAAGACUCGCCGUUGCAACUCUCGAGGGCCAGUCGCUAACCAGUGCUACCCCAUACAGCGGGUACACUUGCCACGUGCUGGUGAACGGCCGCGAGUACCAGACCGAUCUGGCCUAUGCGUCGGAUCUCUUGGCUCAGGAGAACGCGGCUAUGCGCGCUUUUAUGGUGUGCCGGAACUUCUCGGUGAAUGGAGGCAUGCUGGCCAGGAACGGGAUCGUCCAAGGCCUUCCUGCAGACGAAACCAAUCGCAAGCACCGCCGAGGCCGCCAGCAUUCGUCCAGUCACAAGAGCAGUCACAGCCGCCGAUCUGGUCAUCACUCGAGCAGCAGCUCCACGGCUUCCUGUGACUAA